CAAUUCGUUGAGCUGAUAUUCCACGUAUUUCUUUCUGAUUCUUUGAACAAUGCCUCGCCAGUCUAGACGUUCCGCACCUGCCCAGCAGACCCGUCAGGCACACACCAUGCCUACUCGUCAAGCUCCUCCACCACCACAGCAGCACCGUGCUCCUCCUCCUCAGCAACACCAUGCUCCUCCCCAGCAGCAACAUGCCAUGACGCCCGCACCUACUCCUAGCACCCCUGCUGUUGCUCAACCCCAACAGCCCGGUAUGUUUGCUCAAAUGGCCACCACUGCUGCCGGUGUUGCCGUCGGUUCUGCCGUCGGUCACAGCCUCGCCAACGGUGUCUCCAGCAUCUUUGGCGGUUCUGACGACAAGCCUGCUGAACAGCCCCAAGCUGCUCCUCAAUACCAGCAGCAGCAAUACCAGCAACCCUACCAGCAACCCCAGGCCUUCCAACAGCAGCCCGGUGGUGUUGCUUGCGAAGCUGAUGCCAAGGCUUUCACCAAGUGCUUGGAAAGCAGCAACAACGAUAUUACCGCCUGUCAGUGGUACUUGGAUGCCCUCAAGUCUUGUCAGCAAAUGGCCUCUCAAUACUAAAUAACUACCGCUAACAAUCCCUACCACAACGCACAUACAAAGCACCUAUUUGACACACCAUUCAUUAAAUAUAUAUCAUGAUAACUGCACACAUCCAACAUUUACAUGUAAAAAAAAGUUUUAAAAAUAUACUACAUUACUAGUAAAAUCCCUCUUUGUCGUUUGAUUCUUUUGUGUGUAAUGUAAAAAACGCAAAUGCUUAUUGUCCUGUUUUUGUUUCAAUUGAUUAUUGAAAGUAACCAACCAAUUAAAAUACACCUAACGUUUAUUUG